UGUUUCAUAUAUUUUUUUCCAGAUAUGGGGAAGUGGAAAGGAUAAAAAGAAUGAGAUCAUUGUAUUUUACAUUCUGAAAGUGCAUCAUUAUAGUGACCCCUAAAUCACAACAAUGCUUCAAAAUGUUUUCCAGGAAGAAUAACUGUCUAUAGGUCUGUUCUUUCAGAUUCCAUAUGCAACAAAAUACCCAGUAAAGUGACAGUUGUUUUGUUUCUCUGAUUCCCAUUAGGUGAAAAUGGAAUCAUGAUAAAAAAAAUUCAGUGGAGAAAAACCAAGUUGGACUAAUAUACAAUACCAUGCUUGUGAAAUCUGCAUACCCACUGGAGAAUAUGACACACACCUGGACAGGUAUGUCAACAUCACAGUUUGAGGAUAGCGGUACUAGUAUUUCAAAACUAAUGGCCGGUGCGUUGCUAAUGGACACGGCGUGCGACCUUCCUUCCUUCUGGCCCUCUGAAGGUUUUCCGGGAUCGACACAGUCUUCGCAAAUCGUCAAGAUGGAGAAGGAGGGAUUCGCACCCAACAGCAUUGAUUGUUGGCCAUUACCCGGGCAACAGACGCAUGCUGAUUUUCACCACAAUGCGGGCUUUCAACAUGUUUCACAACACAACGGCUUCAACCCAGUCUCGAACGGCAGCAUAAACGGAAAUAAUACGUAUGGACAAAAUUAUGGGAAUAGUCAUUUUAAGCCCCCGCAAGAUCAGUUUCGCAAAAGAUACGGAAACUAUUCCAACGAACAGUACCCAGACACAAACAUAGCCCUGAAGACCGAAACUGAGGAAAGCAAAUGGAACAAUUGUGCGAUAAACACUCAACCAAAUUUAUUUGAACCAAUUCGAAGUGGCAAUGGAAAACCCGUUUCUUUAAAAGAGGGCCCCUAUUCACCACCGUCUUUCAAAAUGCGAGAUCGGACUCCCCAUAAGUUAAGUCCGAAUCUGGACUCUGAGCGGAAGUUACUCGGUGACUUUGUGGAGUCUGAUAGCGACUCUAAAACAAGCGACAGUCAACCCACAACGCUUCCAGACUGGACCGGAAAUAGUCCGACAUCAGAUAUCAACGUGGAUCAGAUGAUCACCAGCGGAGUUACCGUGGCGGGAUACAAGCCUAGGAAGCUCAUCUGCAAGAGAAAAAAGUCCACAGUCCCUUCAGACAUGAAGGACCCAAGCUACUGGGAAAAGAGAAAGAAGAACAAUGAUUCAGCCCGAAGGUCGCGAGAGGCCAAGAAGGAAAAGGAAAGGAAUUUUUACAAGCGUGCAUUGGAACUUGAGUAUGAAAAUCAUUAUUUAAAAGAAAGAGUUGCAUUUUUAGAAAGAAAGCUAGAGGCAGUUAUGAAACAAAAUUCCAAUUAUCCUGGCCCUGAAACCCAAACGGUACCCCCACCACCGCACAACAUGUAACAGACAGAGUUUUUCCCUUCAUCAGUUUUGCAUUAUUAUUAUAUUGGACAGUAUUGCAGUUGUAGUAAUUUUUUCCAUGUAGAUUUUUCCUAUUUCAAAAUUCAAAAAAUACCAAAAUGUAAUAUUGUCAUAGUAUACUAGUUUGUUGUAAAAUUUGUUUAUUGUUCAAAGUUUAGCAUCUACGAAUACCAAAGAACUAGUUCAAAAGUCGAGUCAGUUGUUGUGUACACAUAAAAUAUGCGUUGUAUUUUUUUUGUUCAAUAGAACUGGUGUAUUUUGUGUUCCUUUAAAAGUGUCCUUUCUUCUAAAAUAUACCUUUCCCUUUUGGUUUGGAAUUUUACAUCACCAUAACUAGCUGUGUUUGGAGUUUUGCUUGUUUUGAGAACACAUUUGACUUUGUGGGGUGAGGGUUUAUCCUGAAAUACUUUACGAAAUUCUUUUAUUUUCGAAGAUCAGAUUACUUUUCCACCUUUUAUUUACUAUGGUUAGAUUGUUUUCCACCUUCCCAACAUGUUUAGACGACACAUUGUAUGUUCUACUUAUAAGAAGAAGUAUCUUUCUGAAAGGUCAGCGUUUUGGCAGUCUAUUUUAAUAUGCAAACUCCGUUAUUUUUUUUUAUAAUAUAAAUUAUGAUGUUGUUAACUUUAUUUGUGCCUUUGAUGAUUCAGCAUCUAAACCUGAUUUUUAUUUGUUUGGUCUUGCUUAUACAUGUACUUACUUCUGGUACAGAAGAGUUCUGGUCAAAGAACCUUAAAUAUGUGUUCUACGUCAGUAUUUGUGUUGGUCCUGGAAAAUGUCAUGCUUUUUAAAGUGUUCACGCUAAGAACCGGUGAUGUUUGGGACAAUCUGGUCAGCUUUUUUGAGUACUUUUUUGUCCUGUUUUCCGUUGGCUCCAAGAGCAGUUAUGUCUCUCAAUACAUAGGGUGAUAUUUUUAUAUAUAUAUCACCUACAUACACAAUUUGUAAAUACAAACAUUUUUCCGCACCCCAUCUCCUGAUACCGUUUAUAGACAAAGGGGUUUGUAACAGGCUACAGGCCAAACCGAAUGAUUGUUAGAAAAUGGAGGUUCUCUAUGUUUUGUUAUAGACCCCUUUGUUAGAAUGCUGUGUAAAAUCGCUUUAUUCUGUAGCCAAUAGUUAGAAAAAUCAUUUCAUGCUUGUUUUUGGAAAUGGUGUGCAUAACAUUUUAUCCCAUACAUUUUUUCAAAUGGUUGUUAUCAAAGAUGUCUUAAUGUUUUUCUUUUUGUGUCAAUCUUUGUCGAGGUAGUGAAUAUACUAAAUAUGUGGCGUAAGACGCCUUAUAUCCAAUUCUUUUGAUAUAGUGUAUUGUUAGAAAUAUAUAUAAUCCUUAUAUAUUGUUUACCUGUGUGUAUUGGUAAGACCAUUGUAUCUAUACUUUUUUGCCUGGCUUGCAAUGAUUGUGUUGUUCAGAAAAGUGUUUUAAACCAUCUAAUUUAUAUCCUGUUUUAAUGACACCAAAAAAUCAGCCUUGUGUUGUCAUAAUGCUAUUCCACGAGGAAAAUAUUAUAAGUUGCAUUUGCACAUAGCAAUUUUUAUUUCUCUCUAAAAUAGCACAUGACAAUACAUAUGAGAUACAGGUGCCGUUAGCAGAUUGUUGAAAAGACUCCAUAUAUUUAUUGGUAUCAAAUAUCAGAAUAUGGAACAGAAAUUGUGAGCAGAGGAACGAUGAACCUUGUAAAAACCACGAGAUUUUCUAUUGUAACUGUUUGUCUUACUAUACGAAAUGCUUAAAGCAUUAUGUUAUAUAUAGCUGUCGCGGCGCUUCAUCCAAAAAGUCAGUAUUUACUGCCAAUACAUGUAUUCUUGUUAAUUUGAUUUUCCUUUUCAGCAUAAUAUUGUGUGAUAGAAUCAUAUUUAACAGAUAUCCGGGUGUUUUACACCGUGGACUUUAUUUGUAUGACAUUGCAAUUUUACAAAUAUGCAACGAUAGUUACUGACUUGAUUUUUUUUAAUCAAUAUAAUUAUUAUAAACUUUUUGAUAAUAGCAGACAUUCCUCAAAGCACAAAUUAAUCAAAGAAUUGACCACUAGCUUUUAUGGGUUAUCUUAAUAAUGUUCAUAGAGAAGAGCAAUUCCCUCAUGCCUAAAACAGGUAAACAAAAUAUUCUACAGCAUUGCCCUUUUAUCAGCUUUCUAUUUAAUUCGGUAAAUUUCCUGCAUGGGUCUUUUGAAACAAACAAUGUAUGUGGAUUUCACAAACAACUUUUUUUUGUUUUUUUUAUGCCUCGUGUACUGAUUAAUAGCGGAAGUUAUACUGUAUUUUUUACUAAUUACUUAGUAUCAAUUAUUGAAAAGUUGUUUCGAAUUCUGUCAUAAUUUUGUAAUAUUUUGACAUGGUACUGCUUUACUUUAUCAGGCAGUGUACUCCAAAACACCAUGUAAAACGCUGUGUUUUUUUUCUCCUAUUGAACUUGUACCGAUUUCUCCGACUCUGAAAGUCAAACACCCAGUAUAUUAACCCUAUUUCUCCUCUACAUCUCUUAGCAAAUAAAAUUGCUGCUUCUUUUAUCCCACCAUCAAGAGAAAUCAGAGCUCAUUCUUUAAGAUUUAAAAAUCAAAGUACAUGUAUAUAUUUUUUUCUGGAAAUGCUAAUGUUUUUUACAAGAUUUGAACUAAAAAGGUUGCCCAUCAUGAUGUAUAUGGCGUUUGAACAUUAAUGGAAAUAGGUGCUAUAUUAAAUAUCAUUAAAACCGCAAUGUUUAAUCAGUGUUGUGCAUAUAAUUAAGAUUGCCUUUAUUAAUUAGAUUUGAAUUAAAUAUAUAUCAUUUCUUAUGCACUGCAAUAUGCUCCAUGAAAGGGAUUGUUCCGUUAUGCAUUUUCUAUACCUCUGCAACCAUACAACUGUUUUCCGAUUCUCCCUCCCCCCAAUAUAUACAUGUAAUUGAAACAUUGAUUUGAAUUAAUUUAAUAGAGGUAAUUGAUAACGAUUGUCUGUAAGAUCCUAAGGACCAUGGACAAGAAGUAUUACUUAGAACAAUAAUGCGUCGUGAAGAUAUCCUGUUUUUUUUUUUUUUUUUUUUUUUUUUUUUUUGAUAAAUUGAUUGAAGAAUUUAUAUUUUCUUGCUUAAAAAGAAAUAAUAUACUUUUGAUUUUUCGCGAACACCACCAAAAAUUGUUUAAAAUGUUACAGCGACAGGGUAAAAUAACAAGUGGAUUUUCUUUGUCAAAGGCAACAUAUCAUUUUCCAACAUGCUUAAAGACUGUCAUGUGUGGAUAGGCUAUGAUUGCUUGUGUCUAUUAUUUUUUAGACAUACAUGUAAUACAAUAAUGUAUUGAAUAUCAAUUAGUAAAGUUUCGAAUAUGAUCUCUGUUAAUAACAAUUUGUAUGAUAAUAACGAUAUCACUCCCUCCUACUUUGUAUGUUUGCAGUUGUAUGAUACCACACAUUGAGAUUUUGUUGUUACAAGUGCUUAAAAUCAUUAUAAAAUCUGACAUGUUUAUUUGUAAUUGUACCUGUAGUCACAAUACUUUAAUCUUGAAACGAUCUUUUAAUCUGAAAAUGUUGUCCAUUUUGCCAAAGUUCAAGAAAUGUCUAAAAAUUAUCCUAAGAAAAGUGUAAAAUAUAAUUGAAAAAGAAACAUGUAAUUCGUAGAUAAAAAUUCUCCAUUUUCGUGGUUAAAUAAUACAAUACUUUUCCGUACGUGGGAAAAAGGGUAAGCAUUUGAUUCUUCUUUUGGAAUUUCAUUUUCCAGAUAUUACUGAUUAAAAUGAAGAGUAGGGGAAACGGAACAAUACAAAAUAAAAGUCACGAUUUCAUUCUGCCCAAAACCCACUGACACCAGAAACAAAGAGAUUGUCCAAGAUAAAAUUCCCCCAUAUUGCACGAAAUUUACUUCCCCUAUAAUCUGGUUUAUGAAUAUAUCUCGAGAUAAAUAUCCGAGGUGUAUCACAGAAUGAAUUUAUAGACGAAAUCCCAUGGAAAAGAAUUCCCAAUUUACAAAUUCCAAGAAAUUCUCUUUUGAAUACCUAUACAACUGGACACAAUAAUUUGAUACAAAGUUUUUAAUUUUAAAAAGGAUGUUCAAGUUCAACUUAAGAUUAUUUUUCCUUGAAUUUUAAUACACACUGAUUAAAUGACCAGUUGUCCUCAGCCUUAACUCUGCUUUUUAUUUAAAAAAAAGGGACCCCCCCCUCCACUGAUGACUUAUUUUGAUGUGCAGUGUCAUGAUUCGUUAGAGGUAUAGGACUGUUUGCUUGCUUCGUUUAUCAUAUGCACGUGACACAGAAUUUAAAGAUUUAUUUCGCAAUAUGUUGACUAUUUUUCUUGUCUUUUAUUUGUGAAACAUGAAUUUUAAUAUUUUAGAUAAUCAAGGAGAAUUUUGUCAAUAUUGUAUUCAUGAUUCAGAUGUUUUUGGCUUUGUAAAAAUGUGAUAUAUUUUCAAUUUGUCUCUUUAGUUAUGUAAUCAACUUCUUCAACAACGAAUAUUUUUAGCAACCGUUCGAAUUCAGAAGUUCUUUCAAUUCCUCUUUCUCUGGUUCCCUGUGAAAUGUUGCGAAAUUCUUCUUAGGUUAUCCGGAUUUUAUGUAACUUUUUUCUCUCAAUCUUGUGCUUUCAAUAUAUUGUGUAGCUUUGUUUCAUGGAAUUUAGAGAUCUAAAUUAGAUAUAGAAUAUCGUUAUCAUGUGUAUGAUCUCUGAUUUUUUCCAAUUUGAGAAUAAAUGUUAAACAAAAAUG